UGCCAGAGGCUCGCGGGUCCCGGAACGCAUCCCGUCGCUGGGGCUGCCGCCGUGGCAUGGGCGCCACGGGCUCGCUCUGGGUUUUCUUGGCUCUCUUCGCGCCAGGGGUUCUCGGUCAGUGUAAGUUCCUGCCAAGGUAUCAUUUUGCUAAGCCUCAUGUUCAGAGUGAUCAGUCUGAGUUUGCUGUUGGGACAUCUUGGGAAUACAGAUGUCUCCCUGGGUAUACCAAGAAGUCAUUCUUUAUCACCUGCUUAGAGACCUCCAAGUGGUCAGAUGCUCAGCAGUUCUGUAAACGUAAAUCAUGUAUGAGUCCUAGAGAACUCCUCCAUGGCUCUGUGCUUAUCCCUGAGGGUAUCAAGUUUGGGUCAACAAUCACAUAUUCUUGUAAUAAAGGAUAUCGACUCAUUGGUGGCUCAUCUGCUACAUGUAUUGUCUUGGACAAUACUGUAAUCUGGGAUAAGGACAUGCCUUUUUGUGAAUCUAUUCCUUGUGAGUCACCCCCAACCAUCUCCAAUGGGGACUUCUAUAGGACCAGUGAAGAUACCUUUUACUAUGGCAUCGUGGUAACUUAUCAUUGCAAUGUUGGACCACGUGGGGAAAAGCUGUUUGACCUCGUGGGUGAGAAGUCAAUAUAUUGCACCAGUCAAGACAAUCAAGUUGGUGUCUGGAGCAGCCCACCCCCUCAAUGUAUUCCUCAAGUCAAAUGCCCAUUUCCAGAAAUUGAAAAUGGAAUUGUGGAAUCCGGAUUUAAACGUUCGUUUUUCUUAAAUGAUACAGUGAUGUUUAAGUGUAAACCUGGCUUUACCAUGAAAGGCAACAACAUGGUGUGGUGCCAACUAAACAGCAAGUGGAAUCCUCCACUGCCAACAUGCUUCAGGGGGUGUCUACCACCUCCACAUGUCCACCAUGGUAAUUAUAACAAAAGGGAUAAGGAGUUCUUUACAAUUGGACAGGAAGUGUCCUACAGCUGUGACCCUGGCUACACUCUCAUUGGAUCUAACCUUGUGCAGUGUACAUCCUUGGGAACCUGGAGCCAUGCAGCCCCCACAUGUGAAGUGAAAUCAUGUGAUGCCAUUCCAAACCAACUUCUCAAUGGCCGCGUGGUUCCUCCUCCUAACCUCCAGCUUGGGGCAGAGGUUUCCUUUGUUUGUGAUGCAGGGUUCCGAUUAAAUGGCAAAUCUUCUAGUCAGUGUGUCCAAGAAGGAAUGACAGUAAUCUGGAGUAAUAAGUUUCCUGUCUGUGAACGAAUUUCUUGUGACCCUCCUCCUCCUAUAAAAAAUGGUCGGAACAGUGCUUACUCGCAACCUAUACAUCUUGGUACCGUAAUAAGGUACAUUUGUGUGGCUAAAUAUCGUCUCAUCGGAGAAAAAGUUAUUUUGUGUAUAAGUAAAGACCAAGUGAAUGGAGUCUGGGAUAAACCUGUUCCUGUAUGUGAAUAUUUCCAAAAAGAUUCUUCUUGCUCUGAGCCCACCGUACCAGGGGGAUACAGAAAUAGAGAAGCUAGACCACCAUACAAACAUGGUGAUUCUGUGACAUUUACCUGUAAAGCCAACUUCACCAUGAAAGGAAACAAAACUGUUUGGUGCCAAGCAAAUAAAAUGUGGGGCCCAACGCCACUACCGACCUGUGAGAGUGAUAUCCCUCUGCAGUGUCCAACACUUCCUGAGAUCCACAAUGGACAUCACACAGGGCAAAAUGUGGGCCAGUUUGCCCCGGGAUUUUCUGUGACUUACAGUUGUAAACGUGGCUACUUGCUUAAUGGAGAAAAGAUCAUUAGGUGUCUAUCUUCUGGAGACUGGAGUGCUGCCCCUCCCACAUGCAAAGAGGCACGGUGUGACACUCCAGCUCAGCUUCUCAAUGGGCGGGUAGAGGUACCUCAAAGUCUUCUGGCUGGAGUGACUGCGAAAUUCUCCUGUAAUGAAGGGUACAGAUUACAAGGCCAACCUUCUAGUCAGUGUGUAAUUGCUGGAAAUAAAGCUAUUUGGACCAAGAAACCUGUAUGUGAAGAAAUUCUUUGCCCACCACCUUCUCCUAUUCUCAACGGAAGACAUACAGGCAGCUCUUCAGGGAAAUUUUCAUAUGGAAGCAGUCUCACUUACACUUGUGACCCAGACCCGGAGAAAGGAGUGAAAUUCAUCCUUAUUGGGGAGAACACUAUCCGUUGUACCAUGGAUAGUCAGAAGUUGGGGACCUGGAGCGGCCCUGCACCACGCUGUGAACUUUCUACUUCUGCGGUUCAUUGUCCACAUCCCCAGAUCCUGAGAGGCCAAAUGUCAUCUGUGCCAAAAGAUCAAUAUUCCUAUAAUGACACGGUGGUAUUUGCUUGUGAGCCCAGCUUCACCUUGAAGGGCAGUGGGAAAAUACGAUGUAAUGCCCAAGGCACGUGGGAGCCAUCAGUGCCCGUCUGUGAAAAGGAAUGCCAGCCACCUCCUACAAUCCUCAAUGGGCAAAGAGAAGAUAGACGCCUGGUCCGAUUUGACCCUGGGACCUCCAUAAAAUAUAGCUGUAAUCCUGGCUAUGUGCUGGUAGGAGAAGAAUACUUAAACUGCACCUCGGAAGGAAAGUGGACACCCACUACCCCUCAGUGCAAAGUGGCGGAGUGUAAACCGAAAGGACCGCAACUCUUUGAAAAACCUCAGAAUGCGUUUAUUAGACCAGCUGUUUACUCUUCUUGCGGUGAAGGGUACCGGUUAAGUGAGAAUGCUUAUCAACAGUGUGAAGGUACAGUUCCUUGGUAUAUGGAGAUUCGUCUUUGUAAAGAAAUCACCUGCCCACCACCCCCUGUUAUCUACAAUGGGAUACACACAGGGAGUUCCUCCGAAGACGUUCCAUAUGGAACCAUAAUCACUUAUACGUGUAACCCCGGGCCAGAGAAAGGAGUCCAAUUCAACCUCAUUGGGGAGCGCACCAUCCGGUGUACAAGCACUGAUCGAGAGAGAGGCACCUGGAGUGGCCCCGCUCCUCUCUGUAAACUUUCCCUCCCUGAUGUCCAGUGCUCAGAAGUCAUCAUUGAAAAUGGAGUCAAGACAUCCAUAAAGCCAGCCCCAUAUUUCUACAAUGACACUGUGACCUUCAAGUGUAAUAAUGGAUAUACUUUGAAGGGUAGUGGUCAGAUUCGUUGCAAAGACAAUGAUAUCUGGGAUCCUGAAAAACCAGUUUGUGAAAAAGGAUGCCAGCCUCCUUCUGGGCUCCAUCACGGUCGGCAUACAGGUGGAAAUAUGGUCCUCUUUGUCCCGGGGACGACUGUAGACUACACUUGUGACCCUGGCUACAUGCUUGUGGGAAACAAAUCCAUUCAGUGUAUGCCUUCAGGACACUGGAGUCCCACUCCACGAUGUGAAGAAGCAUGUAGGGAUGUGACAACGCUUCCAGCUGAGGCACAUGUGGAACUAGUGAACACGGCCUGUCAAGACGGGUACCGGUUGACUGGACAUGCUUAUAAGAAAUGUCAAGAUGCUAAGAAUGGGGUUUGGUUCCAGAAGAUUCCACAAUGUAAAGCUAUUCACUGUCCCCCUCCACCUAAGAUUGACAACGGGAGGCACACGGGCAUGAUGGCAGAGCACUUUCUGUAUGGAAUUGAAGUCUCUUAUGAAUGUGACCAAGGAUUCUAUCUUCUGGGGAAGAAAAUUUUACAGUGCGGAAAUGAUUCUCUAGGACAUGGGUCUUGGAGUGAACCUCCCCCACGGUGCCUACAGUCUCCGCCUGUAACUCACUGCCCUAACCCAGAAAUCAAACAUGGAUACAAGCUCAACAAAACUCGUUCUGCAUAUUCCCACAAUGACCUAUUGUAUGUUGCCUGCAAUCCCGGCUUCAUCAUGAAAGGAAGUCACUUGAUAAGGUGUCAUACAGAUAAUACCUGGGUACCAGGGGUACCGACUUGUUUCAAAAAAGCUUUCUUAGAGUGUCAGCCUCCACCUACCAUCGCCAAUGGGUCUCAUACUGGUGGAAAUAAAGCUGAGUUUGCUGCUGGAAUGUCAGUCCUGUACAGCUGUGACCAAGGCUAUCUGCUGGUGGGAGAGGAGUUCCUUGUCUGCACAUAUGAGGGAACCUGGAGUCACCCUGCCCCUUACUGUAAAGAGGUAAACUGUAACUUCACCGAGAAUAUGAAUGGAAUCCAGAAGGGACUGGAGCCUGGGAAGAUGUAUCAGUAUGGAGCUGUUGUAACUAUGGAGUGUGAAGAUGGUUAUACCCUGGAGGGCAGCCCUCAGAGCCAGUGCCAAGGCGACCACCAGUGGAACCCUCCCCUGGCUGUCUGUACAUCCCGUUCAUUUGCUCCUCUUCUUUCUGGUAUCGUGGCAGGUUCAGUACUUGCUCUCUUCUUGGUUGGUGUCUCCUUAUACAUGAUACUUAAGUACAGAGAACACAAUUAUUAUACAAAUACAAGCCCUAAAGAUGGAGCUCUUCAUUUAGAAACACGAGAAGUAUACUCUGUUGAUCCGUACAACCCAGCAAGCUAAUCAGAAGACAAACUGAUCCUGUUUUCUGAAGAAGCAUGUCUUAUGGAAUGAUGUCUUCUAAUAGGCGUUAAAGGUUAUAAUUGAAUGAAAACAUUAACGCUCUCAUUAUUUGAACAUCAAGUUGCACCGCUGCCACCUAAACAGGAACAACCUAUUUCCAUGUGGUUUAUGACUUGGAAUCCCAUGGAACAUUCAUUGGAAAGACAUCACCUUAAGAUCAGCAAGUCUCUUUGUGUGGUCUCAACGUCAGUCAAGUGAUUUCAUAAGCUAAUAACUUCCUGUAUGUACUUAUUCCCAAGCAAAUCAAAGAAAAUUUGCUUGAUAUUAAAGACAGGAACUGAGGUUCACUGCCAUGAGCAGUGCAAGGCUUUGCCAAAGACUCCCUGUGAUCUGCCUAAAGCCAGGCUGUGGCAAUGAAAAAGGACAUGGCUUUAGAAGUGUCACCUUCUUACCAAAGCACUGAAAAGAGCUGUCCUCGCCUCUAGACCGAUCCUCUUUUGUAGCCAGCGUACUUACUGUUGCCAUAUGCUUUGGGUUUAAUGUGGCUUUAAUUGUUUAAGCCACAUACAGAGUACGCCCUGUGAUUAUGAUGGGCCUGCCUUUGGGGAAAGACUGGCUUUAUUUUAAUAGUAGCUUCCUUCUCUGAUGUGGUUAAAUAUUUCACUUUUAGCCCCAUUUGUUUUAAGUUUCUCUGACAAACUGUAUAUUCUUUGCCUUUUCCAUAAUCACUGAUUUCAAUUUACACAAGUUUUUUUUUUUUUAUUAUAGGAGUCAAGUUUUAAUUCUAAUGAUUUGGUAUAUAUUUCAAGCUUUGGAUAUUUUCUGAACAUUUUUAAUAUGUACAUUAGUCAUUCAAAUAAACUGUAUUUGCAAAACAA